AUGCAUAACUAUAAUAGGCACAAAAUUCCUGGAGGGCAGGUUCAAGUACAAGUUGAAGUUUGGGUGCAGGAGAUCACAACGAUUUCUGAUAUAACCAGCGAUUUUCAGCUGGAUAUAUAUAUUUCGGAAAUGUGGUCGGAUCCGGCACUCGAUUACUCGGCCUUAAAUCCAUGUAAAUACAAUUUAUCGUUGAAUAGCGUACUACUAGAAAAAUUAUGGACACCGAAUUCGUGUUUUAUCAACUCGAAAACGGCUGAUAUUCAUAAAAGUCCAUUUCCAAACAUCUUCUUGAUGAUCUAUGCUAAUGGCUCAGUAUGGACAAACUAUCGCUUAAAAUUGCAGGGACCGUGCCUUAUGGACCUCACUAGAUUUCCCUUUGACAAUGUCACGUGCUCGUUGACCUUCGAAUCUUUCAACUACAAUACCGACGAAGUGCAAAUGGCGUGGACUCCGAUUGGUGUGAGCAAAAUGAGGGAAAAAAUGGAACUAGCCGAUUAUGAACUUGUCGAUAUAAAAAAUGUUCGAAACGUGGAGCCCUAUCCAGCUGGUUAUUGGCACGAACUCACGAUGAUGUUCCAUUUCAAACGUCGAGCUGGUUGGUACAUUCUUCAGGCCUAUUUACCCACCUAUUUGACCAUUUGCAUCUCCUGGAUCUCAUUCGCGCUUGGUUCCAAGGCUAUUCCAGCCAGGACUAUGCUUGGUGUGAACUCAUUACUAGCUAUGACUUUUCAAUUCGGUAACAUCAUCCGAAAUCUGCCUCGAGUGUCUUACGUUAAGGCAAUCGACGUCUGGAUGUUAUCAUGCAUGACGUUUGUGUUCUGUUCACUUCUCGAACUUGCUUGGGUUGGGUUUUUAUCGCGAGAGGAAGAAUUUGACACGCCACCGCCACCGGCGCCACCGGCUCCGGUUUUGCCUGGCAAGGCUUUACCGAUACCGCCAUUAACCUCGAAUAAGACCACGCCAGUAGCUCCACCAACUCCCAGUCAUCAAAUCCAUAGUGCUAUGAGCACCUUGCACAGAAGAAAUCCAGCCAAUGAAGAAGAAUCAGCAUUGAUCUCUUUGCGUGACAACGAUUACGGUUAUAUUCCACCUGGAUUCGGGCUGAAUGGAAAUAUUGCCAGUGCUGUGCGAUCGCUGGGAGGAAGGGAGAGUUGUCUCCCAGCGCGUGCCGUGCGCGAGGCGCAGACGGCGUUCGUAGCCGCGUCCGUCUCUGCGUUUAAUGACUCGCUUAUAUUAAGGCAUGAACGAGAACGACUCGCAAAGCGGAUCGACACGCUUUCUGCAAUCUUUUUUCCUUCGCUUUUUUCACUGUUCAACAUUGCCUACUGUAAUAAAGGUCUUACCCAGUAG